GAUUUGGGAGCGUUAGGAUUCUGUGAGACUGUUUACAGCAACGUGUAUUAUGCACAAAUGAUCUGUCAGGGCUUUCCUGGGGCGACAGUUUAGCUAGCUGCCUUGUUGUGUUUUUUGAAUAGCCUACAGUGCCUGAUGGAGUGAAGCUGAAUGUUGCUGCUGGCAAAAGUCAGCUCCACUCCAGACCAUUGACCCUCUCACCUAGGUAACUGCAAAACCUCCACCCAGACUCCACCCUGUCUGGAAUGCAGCAAAGCAAGAUUGUUGUGUAUUUCUAGGCUUUUUUCAUGCUAAGCAGCCAGCCCUUUUUCACACAUACAUACUACCUCAUCUAACGUUGCGCCUUUGGAUUGUGGCCGUACCUGAGGAAGUUAAAGUGUCAGUUGCCACAGACUGAUGUGGCGAGUUAAGAUAUAAACAACUUAAAAAAAUCCAAAUUCACUGGCUCCCAAAUUCAGAGUUUGGUGUGUGCACUUUACAGAUGCAGGAUGCGGUGGUGUCCCAGCUCAGUGCUGCGCUGCGUGCGGUUACGGUCAUGCAGCAGGAGAGGAAAGAACAGGCUGCCUUUGUGGAUUAGGGAAUUAUGGGCUUACAUGAGUCUGCUGGUGCAGUCACUUUACUUUAACUCCCUCACAGACUCAGAUGUGGUUUUCGACUCUGUCUUUGAACCAGUGUUUUGGACCGUGGAUUAUGUCACCCGCUGGUUUGGCACGGUGUUUGUUUGUCUGGUGGUGAUACUGACCAGCUCCAUCUUGGCGAUAGCCUAUGUGGUCCUACUGCCUCUGAUACUCAACACGUACUCCCCUGCAUGGAUUGCUUGGCAUGUUUGUUAUGGACAUUGGAACCUCGUCAUGAUUGUUUUCCAUUACUACAAGGCCACCAAGACUUCCCCUGGGUACCCCCCUACAGAAAAAAAUGACAGUCCAUUUGUGGCAGUCUGCAAAAAAUGCAUCAUGCCCAAACCAGCAAGAACACACCACUGUGGUAUCUGUAACAGGUGCAUUCUAAAAAUGGACCACCAUUGUCCCUGGUUGAAUAACUGCGUUGGCCACUUUAACCACCGUUACUUCUUCUCCUUCUGCCUCUUCAUGACCUUGGGCUGUGUCUACUGUAGCAUCAGUGGCAGAAACCUGUUCCUAGAUGCAUACAAUGCUAUUGAGCGCUUUAAGCAUUUGGACAUGGACCAGCCAGGGGUACCAGUAACAGGGAUGGGACUUCUUAUAGGGCUUCUCCCCCCUGGCCAGACCAACUAUCAGACACCAGCACCACCGUUCACCUUUAAGGAUAAGAUGAUUCAUAAGAGCGUCAUCUACAUGUGGGUGCUUACCAGCACAGCGGGAGUGGCUCUGGGAGCUCUCACUCUUUGGCAUGCAGUUCUCAUAUCCAGAGGAGAGACCAGCAUAGAAAGACACAUUAACAGCAAAGAAACAAAACGAAUGGCAAAACGAGGAAAGGUAUACAGAAACCCUUUCGAUUAUGGCAGGCUGAAUAACUGGAAAGUCUUCUUUGGCGUGGAGAAGAGAAGUCACUGGGUAACGCGCGUUCUCCUUCCCUCUGGACACGCCCCACAUAGUGAUGGUUUGACGUGGGACGUCUUCCCAGUUAAAAAGGACUUAAUACCUGUAUGACAGACUCUACUUCAGCAUACUUGUAGCCUAAUUUCAGCAGUUUUUGCUGGGUUCAACCCGCUUUGGUCAUUUGAUCUGGUUGGCUUAAAGGAUCCUCGCAUGGUCGCACCAUACAGCUGAAGAAAUGGGGUCAUGUCAACCUUCAAUACCACUUGUUGUGGCAUUGCUCAUGGUUCGACGGUCUACAUUUUUUACCAGUGAAAAGGCGCUGUGUCAUGGAUGGUUUGUUCUCUACUGGGGGCUGGGUAUUGCAGACUGGUCAUACUUGACUCUGAGCAUUGAGCUAGUGAUAGGUUUGAUAAUUUUAUAAGCUGUACUGACUGAUAUAUUAUUGGACUGAAGUACCUUUUUAAAAUAAUACCCAAGCUGAUUUUUAUUUAAAAAAAGGAAAAAAAAGAAAAAACACUAAGGUUUGGGACAUAAUGGUUACUCCCAACACAUCCUCCUCCCUAUUCCACGUGCACACUCCAGUCCAAUAUUAUCAUUUGAAAUGAACUUUCAAGGCAAACUGCAGUACCAUGAUACUGUGUUAUUUAUCUGUAUUUUGUACCUGUUAAGUUAAUAAAUCUUUAAAAAUUGCUUUAUUUAAAGAAUUUGA